AUGUUGAGUUAAAAUGUACGCUUAGAGAAGGCAUUAGUUUGAAAAGUACAAGCGGAAGUUCGUUUACGUAGUAUAGUGGGCUUGUUUCUGGUACGUAAAACUGUUAGAGAUGCUGUCAGGUGGGAUGAAAUAAAGGGAUGUAGCACAGGGAGAACACAGCACUGUGUUUCUUCGGUCACCGUUUUGCAGGACAUGAACACGGAUCCACCUGAAAGCCGUUCAGCGCCGUCGUUGGCAGGCAGGUGUUGUCGUCGCACUGUUGAAGCGUCAUUUCAUUUGGCAUCGCCGCUGGCUGCGAUAUAACGUGAAUGAUCGGCUGUAGAGCAAACCUCAGGAUGAAGGAUGUGGAGCAGCUCUCCUGUCCGUGGAUCUGUGGAGGACUGUCACACCACAGCGGCUGAGUGAGCAGACCAUAUUAACUCAGGCCAGCCCCCAGACCUCAAGGCUCCCCCGGACCAGCAGACACCGAACCAGCGUUUUUGAACACAUUCGUCCAAUUGUCAGGGCGUCUUGGUUUGGUGUCCGCCUGUUUGCCCUGCUGUGUUAUUUUGCAGUUUGUCUGUACCAGGUUGUGUGGACCACCAGCGACCUAGCAUGACAAAGCACUUCUGUGGCCUGCUAACUCUUCAGCCAAAGGAUGUUUCUCUUAAGUAUAUCCAGACAGACGUGCUAAGCAUCUUCAUACAUAUAAUGUUUUGAACUGCAGAAUCACAACUGUUGUUGCAUCUUACAUCAAGGACCACUGAUUGACUGCACGCACUAAAUAGAUAUGAAUGAGAGGUUGCUGCAGGGGGGGACCUCUUCUGAGUUUAUUGUGGAUUUCUCAUGAAUUGUAAAGUGGGACAGAGACACCUACAGUCACAUGGCUGGAUCAUCAGUGGAAUUAGUCCUUUCCUUAUUUUAUUUGGAUACCUCCUGAAAGGCUCCCCAUUGUCCCUGGAAUAAAAAUAAAAAACAGCUGGUUUGAGUUGUCUCUGUUGAAGUUUACCAAAACGUUUCUGUUUUUGUGCCACUUUGAGAGAACUCUUUGAUCAUGCACUGAAGACAGAAGUGGAAGCCUUAUUGAGAGUCAGGUUUACACCAAGUCGCCAUGCCUAUCAGAAAAAAAGACACAGCUCGAGCCCUUGCACUUUUGGAGGAAUACUGCACUAACCUGAGGAAACCGGAGGAGCAGCAGCUCAAAACUGCCAUUCAAAGAGUGAUGGGGAUUUUCAAAAGCAGCCUGUUUGAAGCUCUUCUUGAUAUCCAGGGGUUCUAUGAAGUGACUCUAUUAAACACACAGAAAAGCUCCAAGCAAAAGCUAGAGGAACUCAACCACAUGGCGGACAAGUGGGAGAAAAGUCUUUCUGUACCAAACUCUACCUGUCCAGUCGAGCAGCAGAGGGAGCACAGCAGCUCAGAGCCCAGUGGGAGAGAGCAAGCAGAGUGCAGUGCAAACACCUCUGAGAACAGGCCGGCAGCAGUACAUGAGCCAACCCACAAUGGCCAGCUCCAACUCUGCAUGAACCCUGCCCUGAUGAACACUCCCUGGUAUCACUACCAAGAAGAUGACUCACCCCUGCUUGACCAGGGUUUCCCACAGCUCACCAGUGGGCUUCGCGCUCCUGAGCUUGUCCAUGUUUCACAGAAGAACCUGUCAGAGAUUGAAAAUGUGCACGGCUUCGUGUCCCAUUCUCACAUCUCUCCUCUCAAGGCCAACCCUGCUCCCAUGAUCAUCAAUACAGACACUUUGGAGUCACUUCCUUAUGUCAACGGCACAGAAAUUGAAUAUGAGUUUGAAGAAAUCACCUUAGAGCGGGGUAACUCAGGGUUGGGCUUUAGCAUCGCUGGAGGGACAGAUAACCCCCAUAUUGGUGAUGACCCCGGCAUCUUCAUUACCAAGAUCAUCCCUGGAGGAGCUGCAGCAGAGGAUGGACGCUUGAGAGUAAAUGACUGCAUCCUUCGGGUGAAUGAUGCUGAUGUGUCUGAAGUUUCCCACAGUAAGGCAGUAGAGGCCCUAAAGGUUGCAGGUUCUGUUGUCCAUUUGUAUGUGCGGCGCCGCAGGCCUAUGCUAGAGACAAUCAUUGAGCUCAAGCUAAUCAAAGGCCCAAAAGGCCUUGGUUUCAGUAUUGCAGGUGGAGUGGGAAACCAGCAUAUCCCUGGUGACAACAGCAUAUAUGUAACUAAAAUUAUUCAUGGUGGGGCGGCACAAAAGGAUGGCCGGCUGCAAGUUGGAGACAGAUUAUUAAUGGUAAACCACUACAGUCUGGAGGACGUUUCUCAUGAAGAGGCUGUGGGCAUUUUGAAGAACACGUCUGAUGUGGUCACUUUAAAGGUGGGGAAACCCACCAGUGUGUAUCUAUCAGAUCCCUAUGGGCCUCCUGAUAACAUGCAGUCUUUUUCUCCUCCCAUGAAAAAUCACGUCUCUUCCCCUAUCAACACUGGCUCUCUGCAUUACAAGUCCGACCUGCCUGUGGCUUCCCCUAGGAGUUAUUCACCCCUCUCUGCGCACUUUCUGAGGGAAGAGGAUGUAAACAGGCCUCCUGAGCCAGUUUACAGCACUGUGAACAAACUAAGUGACAAAGUGCCCUCCCCCCGACACUAUUCCUCAGUGGAGUGUGACAAAAGCAUCUUCCACUCUGCCCCACUCCCUAACUAUAUCUUAAGUCUGUUUCCUGACUUGGAUAUCACCAGGGAACCCAGGAAGGUCGUGCUCCACAAGAGUUCCACGGGCUUGGGCUUCAACAUCGUAGGUGGUGAAGAUGGUGAGGGCAUCUUUGUCUCCUUCAUCCUUGCAGGAGGGCCCGCUGACUUGAGUGGAGAACUGAGGCGAGGUGACCAGAUUUUAUCAGUCAAUGGCAUUGACCUACAAGGAGCCACACAUGAACAAGCAGCUGCAGCCCUAAAAGGAGCAGGACAAGUGGUCACCAUCAUUGCUCAGUACAGACCUGAAGAGUAUGGACGUUUUGAGGCCAAAAUCCACGACCUGCGGGAACAGAUGAUGAACCACAGCAUGAGCUCUGGGUCAGGAUCCCUCCGAACCAAUCAGAAAAGAUCACUCUAUGUUAGGGCACUUUUUGACUAUGAAAAGUCAAAGGACAGCGGUCUUCCCAGCCAAGGGCUCGGCUUCAGGUUUGGGGACAUCCUGCAUGUCAUCAACGCCUCCGAUGAUGAGUGGUGGCAGGCUCGCCGUGUUACUCCACAUGGUGACAGUGAGGAAAUGGGCGUCAUCCCAAGCAAGAGACGGGUGGAAAGGAAAGAGCGGGCACGUCUAAAGACUGUUAAAUUCAAUGCCAAGCCAGGGUCGUUUGAGUCAAAAGGGUCAUUCACUGACAAACGUAAAAAGAAUUUCAUCUUUACACGAAAGUUCCCAUUCUACAAGAACAAAGAUGGUGAGCAGGAUGGCAGUGAUUCAGACCGAAGUCAAGAGGAAGUGAUUCUCUCAUAUGAACCAGUAAUGCGUCAUGAAAUUAACUAUGCCAGACCUGUCAUAAUCCUGGGACCCAUGAAGGAAAGAAUCAAUGAUGACCUCAUAUCAGAGUUCCCAGACAAGUUUGGAUCUUGUGUGCCGCUACCAGAGGAACACCCACGAAGCAUGGGUAUUGCUGGUUUGUAAGAGAAAGCUGUCACAAGCUGACCCAUCAGGAUCAACCUUCUUCUUCUUCAGUUGUGUGUGUUGUGUUUGUCAUCAGCUGCAGCAGUUUUGAUUUUGCAUGUUUUUAUUUACCCAUCUCUUAUUUGAAUUUACCCUUCAAACCAUAUAAAGCUGCUAACCGUUCAGGUUACCAAGGUAAGUGAGCCCAUGAACUGAUUCUCUCAACUUACUGUUUAGAAAGUCCGUUAAAGUGAAGUAGUGUGUUCCCAUAAACAAGUCCAUUCAUCUUUUUGGAACCACAGUUUGUAUAUAAUGUGGAAUUUCUUUAAAGAGAUCCAUUCAAAUUUACUUAAAGCUGUCAUUGAUAUUAUUAUUGUUAUUAUUAUUGUUGUUAUUAUCAUAUCAUUAUGGUACACUAAUAAUAUAGAAUUCUGUGCCACAUCCUCUCCAUAUAACAGAGGCGCUUACCUGUGAGUUCAAAAACAUGAUCACGUUUACAGCUUGGUAAUAACAUGGUAAGAGUGGUUUUAGUAUUAGUGUGAUAAUAAAGACAGAACAUGCAAGUAAUACCAUCUACUUACUGAAGUAAAGGCCAUGCAGUACCUUGGUAUUAAUCACAAGUAUAUCAGUAUGACUGAAAUGUAUUUUACUUGUUCAUUAUUAAACUGUUAUCCCAGCAUUACUAUGUUAUUACUGUGCUGUGAUGUGCUAGCAGUGUUUAUCCCAUGUUUCCAGUUUAGCCCUUUAAUCUCUGUUGGAUAGCUUUAAAGGUGAAUUUGUUACAGUUAAUGUGAGAAUUGUAAAAUGUGAGUGAGUUACUUAUCCAUUUAGAUAGAAUUAUAGCAAAUGUAAAGUUACUAAGAGUUCAUGUACCUGCUCAUACUGAAGAUACCACUCGACCAAAGAGGGACUACGAGGUUGAUGGGCGAGACUACCACUUUGUGAUGUCGAGGGAACAGAUGGAGAAGGAUAUCCAAGAGCACAA